AUGACCAGUUAUUUCCCUGCCGUUGCCAGCAAUGGCUCGUCGCCGGCCUCUUCGCCGCUCUCUCCUCCGGCAUCACAGCGCUCCACCGCACUAUCCAAUCGCCUGACCUCCGUGCUGUCGGCAUCCUAUGCCGAUUCCGAUAUCCGCGAUGCUCUCGAAACCCUGAGUAUAAGAGGCAUUCACAAUACUGCCGAAACACGUAGGCAACUGCGCUUGGAUGUACAGAAGGAAGUUGUUGAUUCCAAUGCGGAGAUCGUGCGCGACUUUGGAAAAGUUGCGGAGCAACUCCAAAGGAUCGGAAGCGUGAUUUCAACCCUCAACCAGACAUGCGAUGAAAUGCGCAGGCAUAUUGGCCAGGCGAAGCAAGAUACUACGCCUGUGUUGGAGGAGGCUACCGCAUUGAUGACACAAAAGAAAGACACGGAGACAAAACAAAGGCUACUUGAUGCAUUCUCGAAACAUUUCCUUGUGCCCGAGGAAGAUUUGAUGUCUCUUACUGCAGCCGAAGAACCCAUCAAUGAGCGAUUUUUCGACAUUCUCGCGCGCGUCAAACAAGUGCACCAUGACUGCGAACAUCUUCUUGGCGGCGAAAACCAACGCUUGGGCUUAGAGGUCAUGGAACUAUGCACUCGUAACCUCAACUCUGCAUACCAGAAACUGUACCGGUGGAUUCAGAAGGAGUUCCAGUCCUUGAAUCUCGAGGAUCCCCGAAUCAGCAGUUCAAUUCGUCGUGCUCUACGGGUGCUAGCGGAACGUCCAAGUUUGUUCCACAGCUGUUUGGAUUUCUUCGCAGAGGCCCGCGACUAUGUUCUCUCCGAUGCAUUCCAUUAUGCAUUGACAGAUGCUAUAUCUGGCUCGAGCGGGGCCGCUACUGGCGGCGAUCGUACCGUUAAACCGAUAGAAUUUUCGGCUCAUGACCCGCUCCGAUAUAUUGGCGACAUGCUUGCAUGGGUGCAUUCAACGACUGUAUCAGAAAGAGAGGCUCUUGAGGCACUAUUCGUUGCUGAUGGCGAGGAACUUGCACGAGGAAUCCAGGCUGGACUUAACAGUGAGCCGUGGUCUCGAAUUGACGAGGAAGAAGAAGUUGCUUUCGAUGGCCGAAAGGCUCUCAGCGACCUUGUCAACCGUGACCUUACGGGCGUUUCUCGAUCGCUUCGACAAAGAGUAGAGCUGAUAAUCCAAGGGCAUGAUGAUCCUAUCACCUGCUAUAAAGUGGUUAACCUCCUCUCUUUCUAUCGCACAACUUUUACUAAGCUGGUGGGCUCACAAUCAAGCUUGGUCGAUCUGAUGCAAACCCUCGGAAAAUUUACUUUGGGCCAAUUCGAGACUUUGAUGCGUGACCAAGCAAGUACGCUUUCAAGUGACCAUCUGGCUCUUGCCCCACCGGAAGAUUUGUCACCUCCAGAGUUCCUCCUGGAUUCUUUGGAAGGUUUGGUAUCACUUAUGAAAACCUAUGAUGGCUCCGUUGGAGCAGAGAACCCAAGUUGUGACUCGAAUGGCGACAAUCCAUUCACUCCGGUCAUGCGUGCCGCGUUCGAUCCCUUUUUGACUCUGGCUCGAUCCUCCUCAGAUGAACUCGAGGAUACCACGGCGCAAGCUAUAUAUAGAACCAAUAUUCUCCUAGCAGCCCGUGCCACCGUCGUGCCGUUCUCUUUCGCCAAUGCCACUCACAACGCUCCUCUAUCCAUGGCCUUGUCUACGCUUCAAACAAAUCUUCUUGAUAUCCAACACCAGUUUUUGCUUGAAAGCUCCGGAUUGGAGGUUCUCCUGGAUGCUUUGGAACCAUUCUCGAAGACAAACAAGGAGAAUGGGUCUGAAGCUGAAACAGAGAACGGAAAGGCUGAAACUGCAGAACAACAAAAGCGUUCGCUUGCAGACUUGGCAACUCUUCCCGCCUUUCAACCCAAAUCACUGAUCACAUCCAGUCAGAAACUGGAUGAUUUCCUUCCAUCUGCUCUUAUGGACGCAACCGACAAUUUGAAGCGUGUACAGAGCGCAUCCCUUGUUCAAAGUGUUACCGAGGAUGCAGUUGAAGCAUUCUGUCGAGACUUUGAAUUUGUCGAGGGGAUGAUCAUCGCCGCCGACGAGGCAAGAGGCGUGACCCAGAUUAGCCUAGCAAGCGGUGGUAGUGUUAUUAGUGGCCGAAGUGGGAGAUCGACACAAAGGCCAGAGACUGGUGCGAAGGAUGGGGAUGAAGGGGACAGCAAAGAGGAGCAGUGGAGCUUGCGUUCGCUAUUCCCUCGAACCACUGGGGAGAUUCGUGUCUUGUUGAGCUGA